AUGACAGUUUUUGCAAUGUUGGGUCAUCCGGAUAUCAUUUUCGGUAGGAUCUUGAUGUCUGCCGGUUCAGAGAAUAGUUGCAUAGGAGUUAUUAUGAGGUUGUAUAUGAUAAUGGCGGCUGCAAUUACAUUGCCUACCUAUCCAAGGAGUGUUAAGCUUUUAUCUUCUGAGUGUAUCACUUUCAAAGUUAUGGCGCUGGGUCUUUAUGCAAUGUCUUACAAACCUACUGGUGCUUUUGGCCGCAAGCUCAAUUCUCACGGCUGUUUAUUCUGCGUGCCUGAGCCUCUUUUGGUCAACAAUUUCAAGAGGAUUUCAUGGUCUAUCAGAAGCAGUGUAGAUAACAAUGGGUUAGACCCAUCUCCAACAAAUGGCAGCACAGGCACAACACGAUUAAUUAGGGUUAUCCAAGAUAUUCAAGCCAAGUUAGGUGCCAGAAUUGGAGAGAUAAGGAGAGGUUUACCCAUGAAAAUAUUUUUCUUCCUAGUUGGUUUCUAUUGUUCGACUGCUUAUUCUACUGUUAUUGGGCAAACGGGAGACUGGGACAUUCUCUCUGCUGCCUUUGCUAUGCUUAUUGUGGAGGGGAUUGGGGCACUCAUGUACAAGGCUUCUCUUCCUUUAUUGGAGAAGACUAAAAGCCUGAUAACCAAGUUUAAUUAUUGGAAAGCUGGGCUUGUGAUGGGUCUCUUCUUGGAUUCAUUUAAAUAUGAAAUCGAUGACAUUUUCGGAUUCAGUAACCCCUUCAGCUUUGUACUAGAUGCACUCUCAGUAUUCCUUUAGCAACUGGCUCUUUCAAAUGCUGCUAGGUGUUUCCAUUUUUCAAUGAUUGAGAAAUGUGACUGGUAAACAUAGGUUGACCUGACUACAAUGGUGGAGCAACAUGGUGAGCCAUUUCACAAAAUAGAAGAGGCCAAAGAGUUAGGUUGAGACUUGAGACAGUGUAAAGUGGCCCUCUUGCUUAUGGUGAACAAAAUAUUGUAGCUAAACAUUGGAAGUUUCUUCUGAUGACUGAAUACUCUUCGGUUGAGCCUAGGUAGAAAGUCUGCUGCUUCAGUUCACUAUGUUCGAAAUAUGGUUACAAUAUAUAUUUGCUUCAUUCUGUUGGAGAAGCAGGAUGUCAAAAAACAAGAUAAGCAACAGGAAUAUAGCAAGGGAAUUGUAACAUUCAAAGUCGAUCAAGCAAUAUGUGCCUCCAGUCCAGCUGCUUACAAUAGUUCCCAGUCCAUUAAUCUGGAGACAGCUAUUGGUUAAAAUGCUAAACAGUGCUACUGGGUGGAAGCCCUUCAGUUAAGUGAGAAGAUAUUGUCCUCUGCAGCC